CAACCAAUUCCGUAUUCCGUAGACUCCCUUUUCUCUAUUUCUCCCUCCCUCUGAAAAAAGAAACACACCUUUAAAAUAAUAAUAACAAUAAUAAGCGAAGAAAAGUAGCAGAGGCCUCAGAUCAGAAAUUGGGAAUUGGAAUGGCUUCCUCGUCGCCCGCCAUCCUUCUUCCAAUCACCAACCCUCAGCCCUCCGCCGCCACAACCGACUCCAUUCAGUCGUCCGGACCCCCUCCCGCCUUCCGUGCUUUUAUAAAUCAUAUCAGCGAUACCGUCCGCAACGGCCUCGCCAGCCGCCGCCCCUGGUCUGAGCUCGUUGAUCGCUCCGCUUUCUCCAAGCCUGACUCCAUCUCCGAUGCCACCCAACGCAUCCGCAAGAAUUACGCCUACUUCCGCGUCAAUUACCUCGCCGUCAUCACCGGUGUCGUCGCCGUUUCUCUCCUCACCAACCCCCUCUCUCUCAUCCUCCUCGCUGCCCUUCUUGCCGCCUGGAUUUUCCUCUAUCUCUUCCGCACUGCCUCAGAUCCGCCCCUUACACUCUUCGGCCGUCAAUUUUCCGAUCGCGAAACCCUGGUAGGUCUCAUCGUUUCCACCAUCGUUGUCGUCUUCCUCACCAGCGUUGGAUCUGUUCUCGUGUCGGCCCUCAUGGUCGGCCUUGCCAUUGUCUGUGCGCACGGUGCCUUUAGGGUUCCCGAGGAUUUGUUUCUUGAUGAGCAAGAGUCCCCUGCUACUGGCUUCCUCUCUUUCGUGACUGGCGCCUCCUCCAAUGCCACCGUUGCAGCCACCGCUCCCGCAGUUGCUGCCAGGGUUUGAGGAUCCAAUAAAACAACCACUUGUACUUAGCUUCUUGAUUUGUGAUGUUAACAUGCUUUGCUAAGUAGUGAACAAUUGAACAAUAAUGAGAGCGGAAUACCCUACUCACAAAAUAUACUUUUAGAUCUGAUACAUCAUAAUUUUCUUUUUACCUUUUAGCUGGAAUCUCUGUAAAUUGUGGAGUUUUAUUUUGAAUGCAGCGUAUUCCCUCGUUUGAUUA